AUCAGAAGCCAACAUUAUCUACGGAGGCUUUGGCGGCAUGUGCACUGGAUGCAUCCGUCGUGGCCGCUGGAGCCUGAACUCAGCUACGGUUCAUCGCCCCGUCCAAGUUCCCUAUUCGGUUUUAUUCGCCGUCUUGCCUCGCUCCUGUUUUUCUUCUCCAACCGCACGCCCGCUGAAGAUUGUCUGGAUCGGAUACCAUUAUGGGGAAGUAUCGGAAGUUGGGAGGGACUACGUAUGUACGGCCUGAAACCUUCCCCGCCGGACCAAAUCGAAGUCGUAGAAUUUUGAUCAUUAAUGAUCAUAUUACUCGAAGUGGCAAGCCUCGUUCCUUUCUUACUUCACGGCCUUGCCUCGGGAGUAACUAUACCGUAUGCUACAGUACCACCUGAGAAACCCUCCAUGGAGACACUCCCUCCCCCCAACUUGCACUGGGCGAGCUGAACAAGCAUCUCCAAUAAAUACGAAAAAAGAAAAAAUAAGGGAAUGAUGUAUCGUUCUCUUCUGAUGGAGUCCCUUACAAUAUUCGUCUCACCAUCAGACCUUCAUCCACCCUGGGAACCACACAUCCCUAGCACGGAGUACCGUUCAUCAACAUUCGUCCUUCGUUACUUCUGUCUAGGUAGAGUUACUUCUGGCGAAAUCACCCACUUUUACUCUCUGUGGCAGCAGACUCCGCUCCAGGCAAGAAAACUGGCCGGGCCACCGACAAGUUUUACCAACCAGGUCGGUAGCGUAAAAGUACCAAAAUCUUUGCCCCUGGUUCACAGAAUAGUACGUAUUUCGAUCUCUCGCCCCUGCCACUAACAGAGGACUAUAUACCGGUCUCAGUAUGAUCUGGAUUCUCCCCUUCCCCUCCUCUACCCACUCGAUGUCAGUGCCACCGCGACUCCUGCGGCUGCUCUACAUACUCACUUGGUUUUAACCCAACCCGGAAAUACCCAUCGCAUCCAUGACUCCAUGCGAACGUUUAUCAUCAGGAUCAUUAAUUAUCACCACCCAUCAGGAGAUGACCUAAUUGAUCACACCUCUCUCCGGUGCACUAGAUGCUGCGAUCGUCGCUCCGAGAUGCUGACCGCGUCUGUGGGCACCCUCCCAUUCCUGCUCAGAUGAAUUUGACCCAGCGGUUAUCAGCUGGCUUGGAGUCAAAGUAGUUAGUCCUGGACACGCUGGCUGUUGAAUGCUUGCCGGUGCCUUGGCCCAUCCACGCUUGUUCGAUU